CAGGAAUGAAGCUGGUUUUGAAGGGGGCCUGUGACAGAAGUGGGUUUUCGUUUUCAGCAGGGAAGUUGGUGAGUUCUAAUUUGGUGGGUAGAGGCGACAAGUUUUGCGUGAUAGAUCAAAGGAGAUAGUAUUCGAGGACCUAGAGGAAACCAAAGCAGGAAACAGUUGGUAAAGUCGAUCGGUAUAGGGGCUCAUGAGGUUACGGCCAGAAGGAGCGAAGGUAGUAGUCAGUGAGGGAGUCUUGGGGGCUUUUGGAGUUUGGAUCGAAAGCUCAGAGGAGGCGAGUUUGGCCGUGGAAGCUUGGUCAUGUUGUGGAUGAGGGAAUUGGGAAGAGGUAAUGGAUCCUGCAACAGGAGCAGAGAAUGUUGAGAGUUCUAUCGAGAUCGAGCAACUCUGCUUGCGGCUAGAGGUCAGCACAGUGGAGAGUGGUAGGAGGUUCCUCCUGGAAGGGACGUCGAACUCGAGUGGUGUAGGUAGAGACAAAAGAAGGUCGAAUACUUGGAUUCAGGAUUUCACGUGUGGAGUCGAAGAAAGCGUGAGUUCGAAACCGACCAGAAGGAGUCGUUCGUCAUCAUUUUAACAGCACGAAUGGCAGCAACGAAAUGGUGAGGAAGUCAUGCAAGCGAGGGAUAGGAGAAUAGAUUUGGCGCCGUUUGAACUAUAGGAUGAGACUGUAGCAGGUAGAUUUGAGCAGGAAUUCGGGAUGGGCUUCGGCAAAGGUAAUGAGCAAUUUUUUAAAAUAUUUUAAUGGAAAAUACUUCUCCAUUGCCAUGCAAAGAAGUAAGAGCCCCCCAACCAAUUCAAGCUUUAAUUGCAAAGGUCACAUUCCCAUAUGAAGCCCAUGCAAGUUAUAUUGUCAUCAUCACAUGAUAGUAAAAGAUUGAAAGACACUUGAAAUCAAUUAAUUUCAGUUGCUUUGCCGUUAUUACUGUGCAAGAUUCCAAGGAAAGCAGCGCUGGCUUUUCAGCCUCAGAUGACUGACUACAGAAGCUUCCAACAACAUCACCUUCACAAACCAGGAGACAAGAUUGGAUCAGGCAGCAGUAAGUUGAAAAAAGGAAGUCACGAGAACCAGAGCUCUUUGAAGAGCCGUUUCAUCUUCUUCCCCGCCAUGGAUUCUGUGAGCGAAGCUCCACGGCCUUUUUUGCACCUUGGCAGCCGCCAGAUGAGCCACAAACAACACCCGCGAGAAUCAGCUCAUGGAUCGAACUGCAUUGCCUGCUUCAUCUUGCCAAUCAUGGCAGCUGCCAUUCUUAUGCUGCUCGUCUUCUUACUUCUGUUCGUUCUUCGUCGAGCGAAAAGGAAGACUGAUGGGGGAAACAGCUUCGGCAAGAAAGGCUUUGAUGAGACGAAGCAGGUUUCCAGGUGCAGUUCUGAUAUCAAGAUAAAUGGAAUCCGAUAUAGUCCAGAUGUGAGAAGUUGCCUCUAUGGAAGUAAAUUAAGCUUUGCUCCACAAGUUAAAAGAAAGGUGGUUCAGGUUUUCACUUACAAGGAGCUUGAGCAGGCCACUGAUGGAUUCAGUGAGAGAAAUCUUAUUGAAAAUGGUGGAUUUGGUGUUCUGUACAGAGGAGUAAUGAGCGAUGGAACUGCAGCGGCCGUCAAGCUUUUGCAAGUUGAAGGAAAGCAAGGGGAGAAGGCAUUCAGAAUGGAGGUAGACCUGUUGAGCCGACUGCAAUCUCACUAUUUGGUCAUCUUGCUUGGCUAUUGUGCCGAUCAGCACCACCGCCUGCUUGUCUUUGAGGACAUGCCCAAUGGCUGCCUUCAGCAACAUCUCCAUCCCACAACAUAUCAGGCGGAUAAACCAUACCGGCAGCUUGAUUGGAAGAUCCGUUUAAAGAUUGCUCUUGACUGUGCUCGUGGCCUUGAGUUUCUCCAUGAGCACUCCAUCCCUCCAGUCAUCCAUAGGGACUUCAAGAGCAGCAACAUACUAUUAGACCACAAUUUUAGUGCUAAGGUAUCAGAUUUUGGCAUUGCGAAGUCAUGCUCUUAUAAGGUCAAUGGCCAAGUGCAGACUAGGGUUGUCGGCACUACCGGAUAUGUUGCCCCCGACUUAUAUAGCAGAUAUGCAGCAACCAGCAAGCUAACGACAAAAUCAGAUGUUUACAGCUAUGGAGUUGUUCUUCUUGAACUUUUGACAGGUAGAGUACCUGUGGAUAUCACUAGGCCUCAAGGAGAACAUGUUCUUGUUUCUUGGGCUCUUCCGAGACUAACAAACAGAGAGAAAGUGAUAGAAAUGGUGGAUCCAGCUCUUCAAGGCCAGUAUUCCAUGAAAGAGCUUAUUCAGGUUGCGGCCAUUGCUUCCGUUUGUGUGCAAUCAGAAGCAGAUUACCGACCUCUCAUCACCGACGUGGUGCAGUCGCUGAUUCCUCUAGUAAAAAACACACACACAACUUGCUAUUCUACUCCAGCUAGAUUUAAAGAAGAUCAAGUAUCGAUUAUAAUGUGAUAGGCUUUCUUCUGUUGGAUUCCAUAUUGAAGACGACAAUAAGCAGAAGAAAUGGCUCAAAUUUGACAAGAAGAAGAGGAGAUGUAUAAUUUGUAGACCAGUUAACUUCUAGAGAAAGAAGUGCUAUGAUUAGUGACUAGCUAGUGAAUAUUUCAGCCAAACAAUUCAGAACUAUACUGUUAUUUCUUGCAUAAAAUCAUGUUUUUUACA